AUGAAUAACUCAAAUCCCUAUUUAUUCCCCUCCACUGAUUCUAACCCCCAAAUAUUUAAUGGAAUUACAAAAAAAUUUGAAAGUAAUUAUUUAUUAAAAAGAAUGUCUUUCAAUAAUUUAUCUCAACAACAAUUAAUUCCUUCCCCAUUUCCAAUUUCAAAAUUUGCUUCAUGUUCACAAGUUCCAUCUAUAAGUAAUAAUUCUAAUGGGACAAUGAAUGUUACAAAAAAAUAUUCUUUUAAAAAUAAUCAGAGAAGACAACAAAAUUUCCCUUCUUUUCCCGAAAAUAUUUCCAAAAAAAGACUGUCUUUAACAAAAUCAUCUAAAUUUUUACAAAAAACAAUAAAAGAAGCAAUUGAUAUAAAAAAUAAAGCUUUUAUGCAAAGUUAUAAAGAUUUAAUACGGAGAGAAAAGAAGAAAGAAGAGAAUGAAGAUGAAAUCAAAAGUGAGGAUGACGGAGAAGGGGAAGUAACGGACGAGGAAGAAUACGAAUACAUAUCAGAUUAUGAGGAUGAUGACGAAGAUGAGUAUGAAGAUUGUGAAGAGGAAGAUUUGGAGGAGGAAGAGAAGGGUGAUAUUAAUCAGAAAAUGGAAGAAUGGAGGUCUUCUGAUGGAAAUGUCCCUCUUGAAAGAUUUCUUCCUUGUAGAGGAUUAGUAAUAAAUGGAUUGGAAAGAAAAGAUGAUAAAAGCCUAGUAGAGAAUGGCUGUUUUCACAUAGAUACGCACAAAUCCUCAUCUGCUAUCGAGCUUAAAUUAGAUGGAAUUCAAAUUGAAGAAAUGGAAAAGGGGGAAAGUUCUAAAGAUUUUGUUGGUAAGGAAGAAUGUGAGCUAAGGACGGAAGAAGAAAAUUAUGAUGAUAGCCUAAGAAAGGACGGUGAAAAAGAAGACGAGGAACAAGGAGAGGAUGAAAUAGAGGAUGAAGAUUGGGAUGAAGAAGUAGAUGAUGAAGAAGCGGAAGAUGAAGCAUAUCUCUCGCCCUGGAGCAGUCGUCGUUCUGACAGAAGUACUCCUUUAAGUCAAUGUAGUACUUCAACAGCUACGUUUAUAAUGAAUUUGCCUGUUCCAACCGGUGCUGAAUUGCCCCCUUCAGCUUCCUCAUAUCAUCAUAAUAAUAGAGAGGAAUGGAGACACUCAUCGCCAGUUGAUAAAUUAGUUGUAGAUGAAGUUCACUUCACUUUUCGUCUUUUUACGGUGGUGAAAAAUUAA